AUGUCUAGAGCCGAGACAGAGGCCACAACUACUGUUUUAUUUUCACCGACUACCUCGACUUUUUUGCCUACAACAGCGCCGAAGGAAACAAGACGCUGCCUCUUUGUAGGAGAUCUCUUGAAUUUCGACAGGAGGAUUCCCGAUUACGAGAAGGAAAAGAGAAACAUUUCCGAGAUAGUCGAUGAACUGCUCAGCAGUGGUGUUGAAGCUGAAGGAGCAAUCUGGGCAUACGGGUACACCAACGAAAUUCCUCACCCAGAGGAAAAACUUUCGAAUAUGACAAGUGAUAGUGAAUGGCUUACGGAUGAUAUCAAUAUCACAAUGAAUUACAUAGAUCUGCCAAAACCAAACUACUCAAAUAAAGAAGUAAUCGAUCGCAUCAACAAUAUCACCGAAAUCAAUGGAACGGCAAAUUGCUUGGUAUUUUUCACUGCCUUACCCUACAAGCGAACAAUAAAUUUAGAAAAAAGAUUCAACACAACCGAAUUUGAAAAAAUUGUGGUUGUGAGAUUACGAGACUCCAACGAGACUGCCAGCGAUGUGGUUGAGAGGAUUCUUGACAUUAAUGCAACUGAGUCACCAGUUACGAUAACUACGAAAUUACCACCCACUACAGUCCCCGGAUAUGUCGGACCCCACUGUCUUAUCGCUGGUGAUCUCCUAAAUUUUGAUAAGAGAGUUGAGGAGUACGAAAAGGAAAGGGAAUUCGUUAUCAACAUUGGAGAGAAGCUGCUUGGAGUGGAGGAUGCCGCAGUUAGCAUAUGGGCUUACGGUUAUGCGAAUACCUCCGAUAUAAACGAAGCGCUGAAUUGUAUGACGUAUAGCUCCACCUCUUUUGCAUCUGACGUCAAUGAAACAAUGGCUUACGUAGAAGUCCACGAUCCAAUGUCUAACAAAAAGAUGCUAGAAACUCUUAAUGACAAUUCCAUCGAUUGGGAGGGCAAGGCAAACUGCCUCGUGUUAUUAUCAGCUAUGAAAAAGGCAAAAGGUCCUGAGAAGUUGAUACCAAAUAAGAGUAUACGAAGAACAGUAGUCGUCAGUUUACGAGGCGCUGACCUUAAAGACCUUGUUGAUUUGGAAGAGGAUCCUACGGUGAAAGUAAAUGCCACCAAUGGCUAUACCAAGGAAAAUGUGGAAGAAGUAGUUGAAAAAAUUCGUAGAAACAUCUGGGAACUUCACUAAUAAGCUUUGUUGUGGUGAUUUGUACAUAUUCAACACUUAAUAAGAAUUCUGCUUAA